UCUGCGUAGAGUCCCGGCAGAACCAUAAAUCCCGCUUUACCCACCUCUGCUCAGACUUUGUGGACGAUCCCUAACUGGCCCCAUGAGAUCUGAGACGUUCACGGAGCCGCUCUGUUGCUGAACUCUCUACUGGGGAGGGAAAAGUUGGUGAAGAUGCACUGAAACCGACGAAACUGCCAAGAACCCAGACUUCAGUUAUCUGCAGCGGUACACAGUUGUAGGCUACUAUUUUACAAGUAUGAGGAGCAUCAGACCGACGAAACGGUCUAAACAAUUCUUUAGAUAUGGCUGACGUUGAAGCAAAGAAGGAUUUUCGGCGCCCACUUUAAAGCCAAAGAGAGUAGGCUAUAUUUCUGUUCUGUUUCCAUUCAUUGGUGUUCAUCAUACCAUGAGCACACUCCAGCAGCUGGGAACAAUGUCUUUUUUGAUAAAAAAGAAGAAGUUCAAGUUUCAAGUGCACUUUACAUUGGAAGAGCUCACAGCAGUGCCUUUUGUUAAUGGAGUGCUUUUCUGCAAGAUUCGGCUGAUUGAUGGUGGGGACUUUGCCAUUUCGUCAUCCAGGGAGGAGGUGCAGCAGAACUGUGUUCGAUGGAGGAAGAAGUUCUCUUUCGUGUGUAAAAUGAUUGCUAAUCCAAUCACUGGAGUAUUGGACCCCUGCAUCUGCCGGGUCUCUGUACGUAAGGAGCUCAAAGGAGGAAAAGCCUUCUCAAAGCUAGGUUUUGCUGAUCUCAACAUUGCAGAGUUUGCUGGUUCGGGCUCCGCAGUUCGCUGCUGCAUCCUGGAGGGUUAUGACACCAAAAACACUCGACAGGACAACUCUAUUCUCAAGGUUACAAUUGGGAUGACUCUUCUGUCUGGGGAUCCCUGCUUUAAAACGCCUCCCAGCACAGCCAAAUCUCUCUCCAUUGGGGACGAGGACCCCACCCUGCAGCUGGACUGUAAGGGUGAGAGCACUGAUUCCACAGUGCAGCCACUAGGAGGCAUCAUGGAGGGUCCUCGCGCCUUCAAACCCAGACAGUCGUCAGUACGUAGCUCAGGGCUUCCUGAGGAGGGAGAGAGUGUGUCCAGCCCAGACGAGGUCUUUCACUCCGGACAUUUCCGCAGCUCCAGCUAUGCCAGCCAGCACAGCAAGAUUUCAGGCUACAGCACAGCUCACUCUCGCUGCUCCAGCCUGACAGACCUCAGUCACCAUAGGAACGCCUCCUCCAGCAGCAAUGUCUCCUGUGGGCUUGCCUCUAGCCCCACAGAGCCACACCGACAAGCAACUCCAACCAAACCAGAGAGACCUCCUCUACCCUCUGCAGCAGCCCUCAUGUCCAACAGAUCCUCCAGGAGAAAGAAGGACACUGUGGAGAGGCAGCCCAACUGUGUGGACGACACCCGCAUUGAUGCAGAUGACAUUGUGGAGAAGAUUGUACAGAGUCAGAACUUUUCUGACAGCAGCAACAAGGAAGACAGCAACUUGAGACUGUUUGUGAGCAAAGAUGGGACCACUGCCCUCAGCGGGACACAGAUCGCCAACAGAGGAACACCUGGUAUUUUUGAGCCGGUGGUCAUCGAGACUCACUGAAAGAUACUGUAAUUUAACAUGUCUCCAGCCUCAUCAACUGGUUAAUGAUUCUGUGACAUCAGAUUGUCUGUGACUGUAUGUGGAAGUAUGUGCAUACUUUAUCUUCAGUGCACACAACUUGAAAUAAGACUACUAUGAUAUAUAUAUAUAUAUGGAACCUUUUUUAGUAUAUAUUUAAUUGGGUGGUGGGAGGUGUGUUAUACAUGAUUACUGUAUUUUCUCAAAUAAUGGAUGGGCCUUUUUUUCUUUUUUACUUUAAAUGAUAAAAGAAUCAGGCCUUUAUUUCUAUAUUAUAUUAUGUAUAUUAGGUAAAUUUGAAAAUAUUCCCAUCUGCUCCCGGUUGCUGUGUUAAUUUACAGGUCUUGUUGUUUGCUGUUAAUACAGGUUUAACACGUCCUCUACAUAUCUGUUUUACAUUAAAACAAUGCCAUCAGUCCAGGGGGAAUAUUCCUCCUCUUUUAUUGUGCAGGAAGUGUUGAGUUUUACAGCAGCUUAAUAGUGGCAAAGUACAGCAAAGUAGAAUCGACCCAAAUUAAUUCAACAGUCAGUGAGAAUUUCAGAGCCUGGCAGUCUGGAGCAACACAUGUUUUUAUCCUCAUGCACAGGAAUUAGUAAUCUCUAAAAUUACCUAAUUUAUGUGCACAGAUAAGCAAUUUGUACUCAAGUUAGAAUUAAUAUCAAGUUACUUUAACAGCUGGAAUAUGAGAUGCCUAAAAAUACUGAAUGCAUUUCUUCAUAUUCUUCAUAUUGGGAGGACAUUACAUUCAUUUCAGUUGUCCUUGUCCCCUCACCACUCUUUUUUUACACAGUUGUGGUGCUACUCAUCAUAAUCAAUACUGGCAUUGCAAUUUUCAGCAAUUAUCCUCUGUUGCCUUAGAACAGUGCCACGUCACUGAUAUAUCAGUGUCCUAAAUUUCAAUAAAUCACUGACCCUAUUCACUGUAUAGUGUUUUACUACCUGCAUUACUCAAUAAAGGAUCAGUCUGAAACACACCCAGUGAAACUUUGACCGUGCUAGGUGCACAAAAUACUUGAACAAUACCCUAAAAACCACUACAUUGUGGGAAUUGUAGUGCAACACUGAAAUAUUUGUGCGUUCAGAAGGGCCUCGUCAACUCGUGAAACUGAACAUUUCUGA